UCGCGCGCUUACCGGGCAAAAGGCGGGACUUCCGGUGACGUCGUAGCGGAUGGGACCUUACGGCGAGCCGUCAGAAAGGGCUUGGUCCGAGUCUGGUCGCUGUGUCACCGGGUUGUGAGUUAGCGCGGCACCCAGAUAUUAAAACCAAACUCGGCGGCAGACGCUGGAAACCCGAAGCCCUGUAGAUGAACGUCGUCCUCGGCUAUGCUGUCCUGAAAGCGCCGCCGCCGGUAGCCGCCCUGCCAUCAUGUCUGAUGUCAACAAGACUCUUCAGAAAUGGCACGCCAGUUUCAGAAAAGGCACAGACUUUGACUCGUGGGGACAAUUAGUGGAGGCAAUAGACGAGUACCAGAUCCUUGCCCGGCAACUGCAAAAAGAAGUUCAGUCGACAAACUCAUCAGACUUCACUGAAGAUCAAAAGAAAACUUUAGGGAAGAUUGCAACAUGCCUGGAGAUGAGAAGUGGCAGUUUGCAGUGCACACAAACAACAGAAGAGUUCAAGCUGGAAGACUUAAAGAGACUGGAGAGCAUUAUCAAAAACCUGCUGACGUUCAACAAAGAAUUUCCCUUCGACGUCCAGCCGGUGCCCUUAAGAAGAAUCCUCGCUCCCGGUGAGGAGGAAAACCUGGAGCUGGAGGAAGAAGAUGCCGCAGCGGUCGCCGGUUCCACCGAAGCGUUCCCCACAAGAGCUCCCGGUACCCUGUUGCCACGGUUACCAUCCGAGCCCGGGAUGACGCUCCUGACGAUAAGAAUAGACAAAAUCGGUCUGAAAGAUGCGGGGCAAUGCAUCGACCCUUACAUGACCGUUAGUGUCAAAGAUUCGAACGGUGUAGACUUGAACCCAACACAGGACACCCCUGUCGCUACCAAGAAGGAAGACAUCUACAUUCAUUUCAGCAUGGAUCUGGAGAUCCAAAGGCAUCUAGAAAAAAUACCCAAAGGGGCAGCCAUUUUCUUUGAAUUCAAGCACUACAAACCCAAAAAGAGGUUCACCAGCACAAAAUGCUUUGCCUUCCUGGAAAUGGACGAGAUCAAGCCUGGACCCAUCGUGAUUGAACUUUUUUGAAAAUCGUCUAUGACGGUAACUGAACCAAUCAAGAACAAGGCGAGCGCUGACCUCCGCUAGGCCUUAUGUGCCAAUAGUUAAGUUCUGAUCCGGAUCAGCCCCAAAAUGUAAUCCCUUGUUUUUCAUCCUAUUUCUGACAUUUCCUGAAAAAAAGAUAAAAAUUUGCCUUCUACAUUUUGAGUUAUCUUAAGCGAAAUAAAAUAAAUUUAAUUAACCCCUUUAUCCGUCACUUACUGUCUUUAUCUCUAUGGGUGGAGUCGAGGAUGCUAGCAUUCACACACAGAUAAGAAGUUAAAACAAUAAAAAUGAUCCGGAUCAGCCCCAAAAUGUAUUCACUUGUACCUUAACUAAUUCCCUACAAGUUUCAUAAAAAUCCGCCCUUAACUUUUUGAAUUGUUUUGCUAACAGACGGUCUCCUGCUGCAGGUAAAUAUGAGCCUUCAACAACCGCAUAUUCUUUAUGCCAGAGGCCGGCCCUAAAGUAACGCCUCUAUUCAAUUUGCUGGGGUCGCUAAUUAACAGCUGUGGCUGUAGGCAACCUCUGGAUGGCGGUUUUUACAUUAACUCCACAAUGUGGCUGUAGCUUUAUCAAAACCUCCUCUUGCAUGUGCUUUAAAAUGUUGAGUCAGCGAUACGGCCUAAAAUCUAGACGGCGAUAGACAUUGCAGCUUCCUGCGUUAGCUGCUGACGUAAGUGGUAACAUAUUGCGUCAUUUCCUCAAAACUAUCUACUUGCACAGUGAUAAAAAAAUACCUGGUGACCCUCUGUUGUAACAUGUUUCUAUCUACACUUCUGUUCAAAUCCAAUAAGCACUUAUUGGCCGAUACUACAGAUUUGGAUAUCAAAGAAGACCAAGUACAGUACUCAAAGGUGCAGUAUUGGCCAUAUCACUAAUGACACUUCAAAUUUUCAAAAUACUGAUUAAAUUUUUGAUCACAAUUUUAAUUAGACAAAAAAAACAUAUGGCGUUUUAACAAUAUCAAUUAAAUAUUUCAAAUAUUCUUGUCUUUUUUUUAAUACAUUUUGAACAAAAAAAAGUCAAUAGUGAAAAAUAACUAAACAUAGGCAAAAACAACUAUUGUCUGAGUGUGUAAAAAGUAACAAACAAAAACUGAUUUAGUGAUCAUGAUAUUUGUAUCAAUCUGUCUACCCCUGUUUAACUACAGAGCUCUAGGUUAGCAGUUGGCAUUUAACUAUUGUUCAACUAUUCCUCAUCCUCCAGUGAUGAUGGUGUUGUAAGAAACAUGCUUUAUUUGCCGUCAUGGAGGCAAGGAUUACUGACUUGGAAGCGGCUUUGCACUGUGGAGGAAUUUGCGGGACACAACUACCGAUUGUAGCUGAGAUAGGCACCAGUGCCCCCCGGUAGAAAAUGGAUGGAUGGACAACUAGAAUGUGUCAUCCACAUGCAUUAUCAAGAUAGUCUUCAAAUCUCUAUCAUCAGCCAAAUAUGUAUCAUUUAUCUGUGUUUUUUACCGUUGAGCUGCCCAAAAAUAUUUCGCAGGGUAUCCCGUUGUAUUACUUUUCCACCACUUGUGGCAGUAAUAAUAUCAAACAAACUGAAGACUAAAGUCAUACAAGUUUAAGCGCCAAUAAUAUGACUUAAGUGGUGAAGCGUUACUUUCAUUUGCACUUUAAUUUUUUGGACAGUUUAGUUAACAUAAAAUAUUAUUUAUUCUUAAUUUCGUUACAAUUACACAGUGCUAAAAUUAAAUGUAAAUGUAUUAUCAGUUUUUAUGAGCCCUUUUUUGCAGUAUAUUUGAUUAAUAUUUAUUUUGUAAUCAGCCUGACCUUAAUCCUUGAUUAACAAAUGUUUUCAUAUCAUUAGACAAUGUUUAUCCUGUUAAACUAAGUAGGUUAGGUAUAAUUGUUUAAGAGUAAGAUUACUUAUUGAGUGGUAAUAUUUGAGUGGGCCCCAGGCCCCUCUGUUGAGGAAAAGUUGGGCCCUGAGGUCGUAGAGGUUAAGAACCCCUGGUCUAUAUCAUGCAGCCCCAACUCACCAUAUAAUUAAAAACCUGCCACUAUUCCAACAUCAUUUUGUACCCACUGUGUUGUUGAUAAAUGACCUAAAAUGG